AUGCCAUUCCUAGGAUCAAAUACUGCUUUGUUUCCUGGUCAAGCUGUAGCUGACCUGUACUGCUCCAAUUACUGGCUUCCCGCUCCCGCCACGCCUAAUAUUCCUGCCCCCGGUCCUGGAGGGCAAUGGCCAUGGAUCCGCCUGAGGAAUGAGUGCGUCGGUGUAGGGUGGACAUUCUUCGUUUUGGAAGAGACUGUCUUUGGUCCGGGAGUACCAAACGCAAUGUGGAACUUUAUGGCUCCAGGGGUUCAAGCUGCCAUGUUGUCUGUGUUGGACGGCGGUCAUAUUCUUUUUCCAAACGCUCAACAAGUCCCUAUCGCCCCGCAAUUCUCUUGGGUUGCAGGCCAAAUCGCCCUUGUCUACCUCCUUCCAUGGGGUCAUUCGGCUACCGCGACUCACGACCUAUAUCCUGCCCUCGGCAAUUCUCGAUGGAGCGCCAUCGAUAUCAUACGACAUCAACUAUAUGCGUGA